AUGGCCGCGAUCGCCGACGACCCCCGCCGCGCCGCCGUCUCCAAGUACCGCGACAGCCUCCUCAAGUGCCGCGAGCUCGAGGCCCUCCUCAGCACAGGGCGCGCGAACUUGAAGAAGGCCAAGAAGGAGUUUCAGGAGACCGAGGAGCACAUCAAGGCGUUCCAGAGCACUGGCCAGAUUGUGGGAGAGGUGCUGCGCCCGCUCGGCAAUGACCGCUACAUUGUCAAGGCUAGCUCCGGCCCUCGGUACCUGACCACCUGCCGCAGCAAGCUGGACAGGGCGAAAUUGACGGCGACCACGCGCGUGUGCCUUGACCCGACCACGCUCACGAUCAUGCGUGUGCUCCCACGUGAGGUGGACCCUCUAGUGUUCAACAUGAUUCAUGAGGACCCAGGGAAUGUCAGCUUCACUGCCAUUGGAGGGCUAAGUGAACAGGUCAGGGAAGUCAGGGAGACCGUCGAGCUUCCGCUCAUGAACCCUGAAUUGUUCAUCCGAGUUGGGAUUAAGCCACCCAAGGGAGUGCUCCUCUACGGCCCACCUGGCACUGGGAAGACGCUGCUGGCGAGGGCUCUUGCAAGUAACAUAGACGCAAACUUUAUGAAGGUUGUCUCAAGUGCUAUCAUCCAUAAGUACAUUGGUGAAAGUGCUCGGAUCAUAAGGGAAAUGUUUGCCUAUGCACGCGAUCAUGAGCCAUGCAUCAUCUUUAUGGAUGAAAUUGACGCAAUUGGAGGAAGAAGAUUCAGUGAGGGCUCAAGUGCUGAUCGUGAGAUCCAGAGGACACUCAUGGAAUUGCUAAACCAGUUAGAUGGGUUUGAUGAACUUGGAAAGGUGAAGGUGAUCAUGGCGACAAAUCGCCCGGACGUUCUGGACCCUGCGCUCCUACGCCCUGGACGUCUGGACCGCAAGAUCGAGAUCCCUCUUCCCAAUGAGCAAUCGAGGCAGGAAAUCCUCAAGAUCCACGCAGCAGGGAUGGCCAAGCAUGGCGAGAUUGACUAUGAAGCUGUCGCCAAGCUAGCAGUGGGAUUCAAUGCUGCCGACAUGCGCAAUGUUUGCACGGAGGCUGGCAUGGCGGCGAUUCGGGUGGAGCGUGACUAUGCCAUCAAUGAGGACUUUAUGCAGGCGGUGAGGAAGCUCACAGACGCAAAGAAGCUGGAGUCCAGCGCUGACUACAAGGCGGACUUUGGCAAGGACUAGAGGAUGAUGGGGUGGAUUAAUUAACCCAGCUGAACUGAUCCUUUUUUGACGCAGCAAUUAGAUAUUUAUCGACCUGUGCAUUUCGGACUAGGAAACUAUGGGCUGUAUGACCCAGAUGUCACCCUAAUUCUGGUAUGCGGUACUGAUCAUUCGGGCCUGGGCCACAAUGUUGUAGAAUCUAUCUACACACUUGUGGUGCACCCAGGAUGUUGA